AUGGAAAUGGUGACGCGUUCGGACGAAGAUACAUUUGAAUUGUUGGCGGACGCGUUCAAACUACGUUUGUUGAACCACCAGUCUGAGCUCGACGAGAUGGCCUGGGAGCGCCUGGGCGCACAACGCCUGGUUCGGAAAGGCUUCCAGAAUAUCACUGCUGCAGCGCUGUUCCAGGAAGUGCGGAAGCAUGAACCUCAAGCGAGGGCCGGGGAGGUGUUCAUCUGUGACGUCACACGCACCAGAUCUUUGCGCCAAGGGGGGCUGGACGCCCCAAAGGCUUUCAAUCGAAUCUUCGAUUUCGAUUUGAUCGACUUCCAGGCGAAGUGCGGUGGCGAGAGGCGGUCGCGGAGGGGCGGGGCCGCUCAGCGGCGCGUCUGGGAGUUGUCCCUGGACAUUCCGUUGCCAGACCCGGCGCAGGUAGAGGGAGCCGUGGAUGGCCUCACGGCCGCCGCGGGCGGAGCAGCGUCGGCCCUGGCCAGUGCCGCUGCGGGCGCGGCGUCGGCGGCGGCGGCGGCGUGGCCUGGCAGCCCGCCGGCUGCGCUGGUGGACUCCGCCGCCGUUGUGCUCGCUGGCGCGCUCGACGCCGCUCCCCCCGAGGUGCGGCAAGAGGUCACCCGCGCGCUGGCCAGCGUCCAGAAGGAGUAUUACAGCACCAUGACUCCAGAGGUGCAGCGCGGCUUCGCGCCCGUGGCGCAGCCCGCCGCUGCGGGCGCCGCGCUGGUGGCGCUGUUGGGGCUGCGCCGGGGCCGGCAGCCGUGGCUGGAGGAGCUGCCGAGGGAGUACGACCCAGCCUGGAUCGAACAGUACUGGAGCCGGCGGCCACUCAGGCUGAUCAGCAAGUUCGUCGGCGUCGUCGGCGGCGCAGGCUCUUUCUUCCUGGCGCUGAAGCUCGACGAGGCUCUCGGGAGGACCGAGGAGAACGAGCCCGAGCGUGCGAUCCAGGCCCGCGAGCUCGUCACGGACCUGGGCGUGGCCUUCAUCAAGCUGGCGCAGGUCUGGGCCUCGCGCCCCGACAUACUGCCCAAGGUCUACAACGAGGCGUUCGAGAAGCUGCUGGAGCAGGUGCGGCCCUUCGACAAGGAGCAGGCGUUCGUGACCCUCCGCCGCAACGUGAAGGACCUGGAGGGCCUGGUCGAGGACAUGUCCUGCUUUGAGAAGCCUGUCGCGUCCGCCUCCGUGGGCCAGGUCUACAAGGCGAGGGUGAGCGGCAGGACCGUUGCGGUGAAGGUGCAGCGGCCGGACGUGCGGGAGCAGAUUACGCUGGACCUCUACGUCAUCCGCCAGAUCUGCCAGCUGGGCCUUCUCGUCCCAGGCGACAGCCCACCCAUCGCGCGGCAGUGCAGGAGCACGCUGGAGCUGCUCAAGCUCGCGGGUCCAGCCUGGUUCGAGGAGCUCGACUACCAGAAGGAGGCCGCCAACCAACGCCGUUUCGCCGACACCGUCGCCAAUUGCGACCUCAUCUCGGGGAACGUGGUAGUGCCAGAGGUGCUGGUCGCGAAGCCCGAGGUGCUGGUGCAGGAGUGGCUCGACGGCAAGAAGCUGACGGAGCCAGGGGCGGCCAAGGAGAAUGCAAAGGAGGUCGUGACGCUGUUGCUCAACAGUUACAUGGUGCAGUUCCUGGAAACUGGCUACCUGCAUGGGGACCCGCACCCAGGGAACUUCGUGGUGAUGCCUUCGGGCAAACUCGGAAUCUUGGACUACGGGCUGAUGACGGAGAUUGCCGAUGACAAGCGCGUAUCUUUCAUAGAGUACCUGAUGCACCUCCAGGCCAAGGACUACGGCAAGUGCUUGGACGACCUGAUCAACCUGGAGUUCUUCCCCCCGGGCAUCCGAACCGACGCAGAGGCGCGCGAGAUCCUAGUGCCAGCGCUCACCGACACCCUGGACACCCUGUUCAGCGAGGGGGGGGACCUCAAGAAGAAGCAGAAGGAAUUCGCGCGCCAGAGGGAGGAGGCCAAGCAGAGCGGGCGGCUGGAGGAGCUGACGACCCAGCUCCGGGGCAUCGCGAAGCGGUACGGGUCCUUCAGGCUGCCCUCCUACUUCACGCUGAUCCUCCGGUCCUUCUCGCUCCUGGAGGGCCUGGGCCUGAAGCAGGACGAGAACUUCAGCAUCGUGAAGGAGUGCUUCCCCUACAUCUCCCGCCGCCUGCUGACGGACGAUAGCCUCCGCAUCAGGGAGGCCCUGAGGACCUACCUGUACAUGGGCCGCAGCCGUGUUGCAGUCAAGCGCAUCGACGACCUGGCCAAAGGCUUCGGCACCUUCACCAACGUCAUGAAGGCCGACCGCGCUCAGAUGCUCGCAGGCGCCGCCGCAGCGCCCCGCCACGCCCAGGCGGAGGCUGUCCCGGCCACAUCGUCCGGCGCCGCUGCGCCCGUCGUCCUGGACUCGGCGUUCCGCGACAUUGCCGAGGUGGUGUUCUCCCCAGACGGCAACUUCCUGCAGGACAUUCUCAUCGACGAGGGCGUGGCCGCGGUCGACGCCCUGUCGCGCACCGUGCUCCUGCGGCUGAUCCGCACGAUGGGGCCGCUGGCGCUGCCCAUCACGCUGCCGCUGGGCUUCCUGUUCAACACAGGUGCACGCGGCGACCGCUUGCUGGCCAGGCAGGACAAGGAGGCGCUGCUGGUGCUGCGGAGGAUCGCCCAGCUGGUGCAGGCCCCGGGCGCCGCCGCCGCCGAAGCGCGCGCAGAGCGCACCGGCAACGACCUGGUGAGCACCGCGCGGGACCUGCAGAGGCUGCAGCCGCUGGCGACGGGGCUGCUGCCGACGGUGGCGCCAGGCGCCUCCGCGUUCUCGCGGCGCUUCGCGCAGCAGCUGGCCCGCCGCAUCCUCGUGCGCCUCGCGGAGGACAUCGAGCGGCGGGCGGGGGUGAGGCCCGGCGUGCUGGUGGGCUCCUCGCCGUGA